GAUAGGAGCUGUACUUUUAUUGUUAUGGAAAAUAGCUGCCCAACCUGCCCGGUAGCAUUCCAAAGAUAGCCGCCGUGUGGACUGAUUUGCCAUGAAAUAGACUUUGGUUUCGUGACAGGCUACACCAGAAAUAGCAGAGUAGUUUGCCGUUUUAAACACCGUGGUCAGAGGACAACGGCGCAUAGUAGUAUGUCAUUACCGCACAGCACUACGCAAAUACUCUACUAAACGGACGCCUUCUCACCCAGCAACUUGUAAACAAAUUAAGAAACCGAGAGUCUAUGGGGCAGGUCAACAACAGCUCUGCAAGUAAACACCAGCGACCACUGGAAAAGCAUAUGAGAUCGCGACCCUCUGACCCCCACAAACAAACAAAAGACACUGUAAUAAAUAGAAACGCGUUUGCAAUGUGCAAAACAACAGAGAGCCAACAUAAUUAGAUGGGUUACAACACGGUCCACGGGCAACCAAACCGCUCCCUAAAUCACUAAAUCUACAUUCAUAUCAAUAAAUGAAACUUUGCGUAUUAAAUACAUUGGAUUUAGAGGACUUUGGAUCUGUGGACUUUGAAGAGGUUUAUUUGAGGCACGACCAUGACUUUACUACCGAGGAUUGUACGGUGGGUUGAGAGAAGCGCUUCAUCUAUCUACUUUCACUACCUCAAAGCCAACAUGUCCACGAAUAACAACAGACUGAGAGUCCUGGUGGACAUGGACGGUGUCAUCGCAGAUUUCGAGGGAGGAUUGUUGAAGAAAUUCAAAGCAAGGUAUCCGAAUGAUCCGUUUAUAUCAUUAGAGGACAGAAGAGGAUUCUGGGUGUCCACACAGUAUGGGGAUCUGAGAGGUGAUCUGUGUGAAAAGGCCAUCAGUAUUUGGGAGUCCAAAAACUUCUUCAUCGAGCUUGACCCUCUUCCUGGAGGAGUGGAGGCCAUGAAGGAGAUGUCCAAAAUGGAGAAUACAGAUGUCUUCAUUUGCACCAGUCCAAUAAAGAAUUACAGCUACUGCCCAUUUGAAAAGUAUGCAUGGAUAGAGAAACACCUGGGGCCUGAGUUUCUGGAACAGAUCAUCCUGACCAGAGACAAGACCAUUGUGACAGGAGACCUCCUCAUAGAUGACAAACCUGAUAUCCUGGGUGUGGAGCCAAACCCCUCCUGGGAGCACAUCCUUUUCACUGCCUGUCACAACAAGCACCUGCUUCCAGACCCCUCCCGUCGACGGCUUCUGUCCUGGGCAGAUGACUGGAGGGGUAUUCUGGCAAGUAAGCGCCAGUAAGACAACCUCAAAACAACGCAUCAUGCAACUGGCACCCAGUGCUGUCAUACACUCAACCAGCCUUUAGGGACAACAAGCUGAUUGGUGCACAGAUGGGUAAAUGUUACCAACUGUAAUAAGUUGAACAGCAUUUAAGUAUUCGUUUACAUUUUUUUAUAAAAGUCAUUAGUCAUAAUAGUUCACCCAAAAAUGAAAAUUCUCUCAUCAUUUACCCACCCUCUUGCCAUCACAGAUAUGCAUGACUUAAGUUCUUUCUUUUGCAGAACACAAACAUAGAUUUUUAGAAGAAUAUUUCAGCUCUGCAUAUCCAUACAAUACAAGUGAAUGUUGAUUAGAACUUUGAAGCUCCAAAAAGCAUAAAAGUAAUCCAUACGACUCCAGUGGUUAAAUAUGUCUUCUAAAGCGAUCUUAUUGGUUUUGUGUGAGUACAGGCACAAAUGAACUCACUUUUCACUUUACAUCUUGCCAUUGUUGUCUCUUGGCACUAUCACGAUUUCAAUCUCGAUUACACUUCCAAGUGCUUAAUGCACGCACAGAGGAGCGCAAAUGCUAAUGUCAAGAUUUAAUAGAGAAAAAGAAAGUAUAUGUUGAUCUAGAUAACUUCGGAAGACAUGGAUUAAACCACUGGAGUCAUAUGGAUUUCUUUUAUGCUGCCUUUAUGUGCUUUUUGGAGCUUCAAGGUUUUACUCACCAUUCACUUGCAUUAAAUGGACGAACAGAGCUGAGAUAUUGUUCUAAAAAUCUUAAUUUGUGUUCAGUAGAAGAAAGUAAGUCACAAACAUCUGGGAUAGCAUCAGGGUGAGUAAGUCAUGAGAGAAUUAACUUUUUUAGUUAAAUUAUUCCUUUAACGAAGCCCUCAUUUUCAGUAUUACUCUGUAUAGGUCCAUAACAAUGCCUGUUAUCUUUUGCAUGAUUAUUGAAUACUCAGGCAUCAUUGAAAAUAUUGAAUAGGGGGUAUAAUCAGAGGGAGGCAAAAUCUUUGAUUUUUAUUUUAGCAUCCAAAGUAAAUGAUUCAAUCUUUAAUGCAAGAAUAUUAGUAUUACUCUAAUGUCAUCUUUUUAUUGUUUACCAUGCUUUCUAUUGAGGGCUGAGACUUUUCUUUAAAUUUCUAGUUUACAUCAAGCAUGAACUGCCUUCCACCUCAUUUUAAAAAAGAGGAACUGUCUACAGAAGGUAGAAUAUUUCCACUCCUGUCUAACCGCACAAACAUUAGCAUAAGCUUCUUUCAAACUCGCUAAGGUUUUUCACUGGUUAUUCUCAUUCUGAUGGGAUAAUGUCAGCAUGAAUGCAUAUUUAUAUUAUUUUUAAUUCAGGGAGAACACAAUACUCAGAACAAGAACAUGUUUAAUAAUGUAUAUCAUACCUUACCAUGUUUUGAGUGUCACUAGUUGACUAGAUCAGACUGACCAAACCACUGUGACCACCUUCCUAAAAGGAAGACUAGAGACUGCAGUGACAGAUUCUUGGGCGUGUAGCACUCUUGACACAAGAGGGCACUCUGAACACAUGUAGUAAUUAGAACACCUCAUACUUGGAUGUUGCUUUUUUUAACCAGAGCCUUAUAACUUAUUUGUUUGGGAUCUUUUAAUACAUGUUUGACGCCAUGGGGGUAGGUGAACUGGUUUAUGGCUUUGGUAAUGUGCUGAAGUACAAUCAGGCAUCUAAAAAAAAUAAAAUGAAUUAAACCGAGUGAGAGAGCCCUCAAACGAUCAAAGAAUAAAUGUGCAGAGUUCAGUACUGUAAACAAAGUCAUAUUUAUCUUUUGUGCACCAUUUUAAACCACUUAUUGGUUGAAUGACAAAGGCUUGGCAUGACUUUAAAACAAGAAAGGUUUAUCAUCUGCAAGAACAAGCAAUCAAAGCGUAGUCUUAUACUGUAGAUUAAAUAUUUCAAAGUCCUACAAGAACACACAGAUGAUCAAAGGAUGUUUAAAGUUCACUGAUGCUGAUCAUCAAAUACUUACAGCUCAUUUGCUGCUUUACUGGGAACAUUAGGGUUUAGUCACCGCGAAAAUGGUAUUUGCUGGAUUUCCUCAUAAUUAUGUCUUAAGUUAAUAUGAGAUUGGCAGAUACAACAAGCCUUAUUUGUAUCUGACUAUGAUGAAAUUUUUAUUUUUUUUUUUUUUUGCAGUCUGUUACCAUUAAGUUUAUGAACUAAUCUUAGGAAAGUUAUAUGACAGAGACAUUAGGAAUUCUGAUACAAUGUAAUUAAUUCAACAGGGCUGCAGCCUUACCUUAGAACUUUAAAGGGAUAGUUCACCCAAAAACGAAAAUCCUCUCAUCAAUUACUCACCCUCGUGCCAUCCCAGAUGUGUGCUUUUUGGAGCUUCAAAGGUCUAGCCACUAUCCACUUGCAAUUUAUAGACCAAUAGAGCUGAGGAAUUUUUCUAAAAGUCUUUGUGUUUAGCAGAAGAAAGUGAGACAGACCUGGGAUGGCGUGAGGGUGAGAACAUGAUGAGAGAAUUUUCAUUUUUGGGUGGACUAUUCCUUCAAAAUUGGGUGGACUAUUCCUUCAAAACAGACACUCGUUGGUAGUUUCUUUUGUCCAAACAUGUACACCAACCUGUGCAAUGAAGAUUUAUUUAACCAGUAUGAGAUGCAUUAUAAAGCAAACCACCUGUCAUGCUUUUGAAAGAUGAUGUUGCAUUUAGGGUUAAUGUUAAACUAGUGCACAGGAUCUAAUAUAGCGUACUCUCUGCAACAGGAUUGGAACAUCUCUACCUGAAGGCUAAAUUAUUAACAGCAGACAGGCUGAGAUAUUGCUUUAGUGCUUAGAGCAAUGGUUGCACUUGGUGCUGUAUUUUUCUAGCUCAGCAGAACGUUAGCUGAGGCUAUUGUCCAGUGGCACAAUGUCACUUUGUUAUAUGCGCUUGCCUUUGUCUUUAGUACAUCUGCAAAGAGAUUAUUUUUGUUUUUGUUGUACUUUCUGCCAUGUCAUUUUGAAAUAGAUAAACAGAAGUUGGUCAUUUGAAAGUGAGUUCUUUAUGAAGUUUUAACACAUUAAGAUUCAUAACCAACAAAAGUGGAGCUAGAAGCUCUUCGCUGCUGUGAAGAGCCUGGAAUAUUCUGGAGCAUGAAAGCACCUGACAUGAGCUGAAUAAAUAGCCAUGAUCACCAAUGCAAUUGCCAAAGCUAUUCUCCUGGCAUACAUAGUGUUUUCACCAUUAUGAGUCUUUUUUCUUUGAUAUACGGAUUUGAUUUCGAUAGGAUUCGAUAGGAUAGGACUUUGUUUAGAUGACGUUUUUUAGAAUUAUAUUACUUUUAUGUACAUGAGGAGUUCAAACCUGUUUUGUUUUUAACAUGGGAGUGUUUUUAAUUUAAUUAUUAAAGGGCAAAAUAUAAAACCUGUUUGAAAUAAUAAAAAAAUAUUCAGCGAGAAGAUCUAUGUAUGUAUGUAUGUAUGUAUAAUAAAAAAGAUUAUCAAGGAGACAUCGCAAUGCUUUUUUUCAUCUGAUAAUGUAAAAAGUAUUAUAUAAAAGGCCAUCUUUUUUAAUUUAUUCUCAAAAUACUCCAUUUAAUACAUUUAAGGUGACGUGUAUAACACAUUUAUAACACAGACCACAGUAGCUUGACCAUUGUCCUGUAAAAUAAUUUACUUGAAUCCUUUUCAGUCAGUUGUCAUGUGGUAGUCUUGUGGAUUUAAUUGAUGAAUGCAAUUAUAUCAAUGUCCUGGGUGAGCACUGCUGUGUUCAGUUAUCUACAGUAUGUCAUAUUUCUCACCUUGUACUUUUUCACGUUACUGGCAUUAGGGGACGCUGUUGCAUGUGUCAAAACUGUUUUGUCUUUUCAAAACGCUCCCGGUCUUGAUGUGUGUCUGCAGACCAAACAUGUAUGCAUAACUCUGCUGAGUUACUUGAAUGGUUAACAGUCAGAAUAGAGUGCCAUAACUGGGUCCCAGAAGUAAAAAUCCCAUUUGUUUUCAACAUAGAGGAACAUAUGUUUAACAUUAGCAUAUCAACUUUAAAGACCAUAUAAUGAGCUCCAAAUUGGUAAAUCAAAGUCAGUGCGACUCUUAUGAUUUCUUAAUUUAAGAAAUCAUGUUUAAUACCUGAAUUCUCAGUAAAGAACUACUCUACCCAUAAUCAAGAACAGAG